AAUGGCGUUGCAGGAACAGUACGACACUGCGCUGCUAGGAAUCCUUCAAAAUGAAGGGUCCUUGGCGAAUUUCAUUGAUGUUAUAAUGGGGUUUCUUUAUAGAAGGACUGAUUUCUACAGGAUCAUGAAGAGCAAGGAAGAUAAGCUAGGCUUCCCAGAAGGCAUUGCUGUACAGCACGUUCUCAGGGCCUAUCAGAAAUAUGCAGAUAAAGCAAAAAAAGAUGAAGAGAAAAGACAAAAAUUGAUUGAAGCCAAACAAAGAUUGAAGGAACAAAAAAUGGGGGCUAUUACAGAAGAAGCAGAAGAACAAAAUGGGGAUGAGGUCUCCAGUCCAAAGCCCCAGGACACUCCAAAUGAGCCCUGUUUACCACAGGUAGCAGAAGAGGUGACAGUUGACACAGGACAGGGUGACCACGGCCAGGAGGAGAUGGCAGAGGCAGCAGGAGAUGUGAACAUGGAGGAACAAGACGAGGAUCUAGAACAGACAAGAAUGCAGAAGAUCUUCCAGUCCAACCCAGAGAGUUAUAACGGUGCUAUCAGAGAUAGGUACAGUUGGACACAGUCAAUAACAGACUUAGAUGUGAGAGUGAAGGUGCCAAAUUUCAUACUAAAGGGUAGAGAUGUAAAAGUUGACAUCCAGAAAAAACAUCUCCAUGUGGCGUUCAGAGACCCAGAUGGCAUGAUGGUAGAUGUCAUCAAUGAAGAUCUAACUUGGGACAUAAAUAAGCAGGAAUCAAUAUGGACACUUGUGCCAGGGCAGCAUGUGCAUAUAAACUUAGAAAAAGUUCAAGAAAGAUGGUGGGAAGCAGUUUUAGUCGGGGAACCCAAAAUUAGCACGCGGAAGAUUGACCCUUCUCGUCCAAUCACUGACCUAGAUGAAGAAGCACAAUCCAAAGUUGGAGAGAUGAUGUACAAUGAACAAAGAAAGAGGAUGGGACUGCCCACCAGUGAGGAACAGAAAGUCAAUGAUAUGCUGAAGAAAGCAUGGGAUGCUGAGGGUUCCCCAUUCAAAGGACAGCCUUUUGAUCCAUCUAAGAUAAAUGUUUCAGGAAACACUAUGACAUUCAACAACUAGUAUUAUGAACAGAAAUGUGUGCCAUAUAUUGUACAUGUGUUAUAAGUUGGUUUGUACUGUUGUAGUCUAGGUUCUCUCUAAGAGAUAAUGAACUGCAAAGUGCAUUAAAAUUUUUAAAUGGGCUUCAUUUUAGGUGCCCUGAAUCAUUUUUGUUUUAGAAUGAGAAAUGUCAUUCAUAAAACUGAGUUCAGUCUGUUAAAUUUAUGCCAAAUGCUUAUCAGGAAAUUAAGUGUAAAAUGUUUUACUGCUUUUGGACAAAUUAAAUAUCAGUUUCAUUGAAAAUGUUGAUAUGGUUGAAAUUAUCUACAUAUUGGAUAUGAAUAGAUUUAUCCUUGAGUAAACCCUGAAAUAGUAAUUGUUAUGGAUAAAUUCUGUUCUGGCAGCGGCAGUUCUAGGGGCAGACUAAGCCCACAUGAAUUGUUAUUUGUAUUUGAAUGUACUUUUGUCUUACACACAAGCUGUAUGAUAAAUCUUUGAAUUAUUAAAACUGUUAUGAAUUUUCA